AUGUUCGGCACUCGCAACGAUCGUGGUGACAUGACUUCCAAUCCCGCACCCGCAGAAGAGCGAGGUCCUGUAGGGAUGGCAGAACCAGCAUCAGCGGCAAAACUUGCAGGAGCGGAAGCGGAAGCGGCAGCAGCUGCGGCAGCAGCAGGAGCAGCAGCAGCAGCAGCAACGGAUCAAUCGCCAUACAGCUCACGAGCGGGGAGGACAAAAGUGGUGGAAGCGCAGGAAGGGCAGCACACGGCCACGGUGGUGUGGCUGGACGGGCUGGGGGACAGCGGCAAUGGCAUCUCGAACUGGCUGAAUAUGGUGUGGGAAUCUGUGGGUGAACAAGGCGGCAACCAUCUACUCGACCUCCCACACGUCAAGUGGAUAUUCCCCAGCGCCCCUACAGCUUCCGUGUCUGUCAACCGCGGCCACCGCUCCCCUUCCUGGUACGACAUCCAUGGUUUCAACCCCGAUGCUCCCGUGGAUGCCGCGGGCCUUGACGAGGCUGCCAGAUACAUUGCUGGGAUUCUCGAGGAGGAGAGAAGGGCGCAUCCUGGUGGGUGGGGGCUACCAAGAGGGCUGGAUGCCAACGGCCUUGACGAGGCUGCCAGAUACAUUGCUGGGAUUCUCGAGGACGAGAGAAGGGCGAAUCCUGGUGGGUGGGGUGCUGUGCUGUGCUGUGCUGUGCUGAUUGGAUGA